GACCGAGGCAGGCCCGCCGGCGGCGCCCGCUCCGUCGCCCGCCAGACCGCCUGCGGCAGCACCGCUGCGCCAUGGAGACCGUGCCCUCGCUGACGUUCACGCCGCCAGACGAGACCGAGUCCGGGCCGUCGCCCAAGACGCAGCGCAAGACGUCACACGACCGGCGCGGGUCGCAGAACCUGCUGCAGUCGGCCGGCAUCGGCAUCGAGAAGCGACGCCGCUCCAGCACCGGCCAGUACCGUAUCGAGAACAACCAGGUUGUUUACGAGACCGACAAUGGAGAGACGGAGCGAAUGGAGAUCGUCAAAAUACACGAGAAGCACGGCAGCUUUCGCAAGGCCAUCCCCUAUAUGCCUAUGCCGGUGGCCAUAACGCUUUGCGUGUUGAACGUGAUAGCACCCAGCAUCGGCACAUUCCUGUCGGGCCUGAUGUGCUUCUGCUUCGGCCCGAGCGAGUACCCGAGCCGCGGCCAGACGCUGGCCUGGUCCACGCUGGCCGGCCUGCUGCAGCUCAUCACGCUGCCCAUCAUAGUCGGCUGGAUCUGGAGCAUCAUGUGGGGCGUCGCCUUCGUCCAGGACUCCAUGGCCAAGUCCAUAAAAGACCACGACGACCAGAGGUCGGAUCAGGUGUGAGUGACCGGGCGCCGGGCACCACCUGCGUUGAGCCCGACCGGCAGUGGGUGGGCCGGGGUUGUCCACCAGCGGCGCCC